UUUCUGUGAAUGUUGUUAUUGACUAUGCUCACCAUGUGUCUGCAGCAACCAAGAGAAUGAUAAUGAAAAGAUCAUGCUGUGAGAGGAAAAAAAAAUAGGGCACUUGAAAACAUGUUUUCUGGUUAUUUCCUGACACAGCCUUCCCGGCCAUGGAAAAAACUGUUCAGAGUGAUGCCCCCGAGUCCUUAUCACCCAGCGUGUGUGGCAAUCGGAGUUGCAGCACCCUGCAGGAAGGAGGGGAUGCCCAUAACCUCCAGGCUCCCGCCCAUCCCCGCGGCGUUAGGAGGGAAACAGAGCAGGAGGGAUCAAAGGAGAGAAACUUGUGCAGAGGACACCGACUCCUGGCAGGGUCAGGAGCAUCUCUCAAAGCAGGAUUAGGAGUAAAGUGUUGGGACCAGUCUCCUGCGGGACAUCCAAGCCAUCCGGCUGCUCCAAAACUCGAUUCCCCUUUCUGCUGAUUUAAAAGUUUGUGCAUCUAACAGGUGUUCCCACAUCACACAAAACAAGAUUUCAGCCCUGUGAACUGAGGUCAUAAAUAAAGCAUACAAAAUGUUGUGCCCAUGGCAGUUUGUAUUCAAGACUCGUGCUGCAAAGAGCCAGUCCUCUGGAGAAAAGGACAUUAAUAACAAUGUGGAGAAAAAUAGGAAGAUCCAUGACUUAGGAAAUAAUGAUGCCAAACUAUAUGAUCUGAAGAAGAAGCAGAUAGAGACAGCACCAGCCAUAACCUCAGCAAAGGACAGUGGUGGGAGAGAGAACCCUCCCCAAUAUGGUAUCAAAGCUUCCAAACAAAUAUCAAGAUGUCCAAGAAAUGUAAAAGUAAGAAACUUGGAAAAUGGAUCCAGCUUUCUUGACACACUGCACCUGUCAGCAAAAGAGAUUAUCAACUGCCGGACCAAAGCCUGCCAAGGGGCACUCAUGACCCCAAAGGGCCUUGUGAGAGGUACUAGAGAUGGACCCGUUCCACCAGCAGAGCUUUUACCUCAGGCAAUAGACUUCAUCAAGCAGUACUACAAUUCCUUUAAAGAGCCAAAAACAGAAGAACACCUGAUCCGACUGGAAGCAGUGACCAAGGAGAUAGAAACAACAGGAACCUACCACCUGACAAAGGAUGAACUGACCUUUGCUGCCAAACAGGCCUGGAGGAACGCGCCCCGGUGCAUUGGGAGAAUCCAGUGGUCCAACCUACAGGUGUUUGAUGCACGUGAUUGUAAAACGGCAAAGGAAAUGUUUGAGCAUAUCUGUCACCAUAUUCAGUAUGCCACAAACAAUGGAAAUAUAAGGUCAGCCAUCACUGUCUUCCCCCAGAGGACGGAUGGGAAACACGAUUUCCGUGUCUGGAACAGCCAGCUGAUCCGGUACGCGGGGUAUCAGAUGCCAGAUGGGUCUGUCAUGGGAGACCCUGCCAAUGUGGAGUUCACACAGUUGUGCAUUGAGCUGGGGUGGAAGCCGAGGUAUGGCCGCUUUGAUGUGGUUCCACUUGUUCUCCAAGCAAAUGGACAGGACCCAGAAAUAUUUGAAUUCCCACCAGAAAUUGUCCUUGAAGUGCCCAUGGAGCAUCCAAAGUAUGAGUGGUUCAAGGAGUUAGAUCUGAAGUGGUAUGCUCUGCCUGCUGUUGCCAACAUGCUGCUUGAGGUGGGAGGUCUGGAGUUCACAGGGUGCCCUUUCAAUGGCUGGUACAUGGGGACAGAGAUCGGCGUGCGAGACUUGUGUGACGUGCAGCGCUACAACAUCCUGAAGGAGGUAGGGAGAAGAAUGGGAUUGGAAACAAAGAAACUUUCAUCCUUAUGGAAAGACCGAGCUGUUGUGGAGAUAAAUGUGGCUGUGCUCUAUAGCUUCCAGAAACAGAACGUGACUAUCAUGGAUCAUCAUUCUGCUGCUGAGUCCUUCAUGAAGUACAUGCAGAGCGAGUACCGCGCGCGCGGGGGCUGCCCGGCUGACUGGGUGUGGAUUGUGCCCCCCAUAUCAGGCAGCAUCACUCCUGUCUUCCACCAGGAGAUGCUGAACUAUGUCCUCACUCCCUUCUACUACUACCAGGUGGAUGCAUGGAAAACACAUGUCUGGCAUGAUGAGACCCGAAGGCCAAAGAAAAAAGAAAUAAAAUUUAGCAUUUUGGCAAAGGCUGUGCUCUUUGCAUCUUCACUCAUGCGAGAAACCAUAGCAACCAGGACCAAGGUCACUGUCCUCUAUGCAACAGAGACUGGGAAAUCUGAAACACUGGCAAACAACCUGUGCAGCUUGUUCAACUGUGCCUUCAACACUAAGAUUCUGUGCAUGCAUGAGUACAACAUUUGUGACCUGGAAAAAGAAACACUCCUUUUAGUGGUUACUAGCACUUUUGGAAGUGGAGAUUCUCCAAACAAUGGAAAGACCCUGAAGAACUCCUUGCUCACCCUGAAGUUCCUGAGAAAAAAGAUUCGAUAUGCUGUGUUUGGUUUGGGGUCCAGCAUGUAUCCAGACUUCUGUGCCUUUGCUCAUACCAUUGAUGGAAAACUGGCCCAACUUGGGGCAUCUCAGCUCAUUCCCAUAGGUGAAGGAGAUGAACUUAAUGGGCAAGAAGAAGCCUUUCGCUCAUGGGCAGUAACAGCAUUCAAGACUGCCUGUGACAUUUUUAACAUCCGUGGGAAAACCAGCAUCCAGUUGCCAGCAAUCUAUACCUCAGAUGAAAGCUGGGAUCCUGAGAGUUACAGGAUAGUGCAUGACUCUGGAACCAUGAACUUGGCUAAAGCACUUGCAAACAUUCACGCCAAGGAUGUGAUUCUCAUGAAGCUGAAAUUCAGACAGAAUCUUCAAAGUUUAAAAUCCAGUCGUGCUACCAUUCUAGUUAAGCUUUCCUGUGAGACUAAUGAGGAAGUGCACUACCUGCCUGGAGAACAUGUUGGGAUUUUCCCAGGCAACCAACCAGAAUUAGUCCAUGGCCUCAUUGCUCGUGUCAGGGAUGCCCCCCCAGCUGAUCAGCCCAUCAGACUUGAAGCCUGUGCUGAUGGUGGCUACUGGACGAGUGACAAAAGAAUUCCAGCCUGCACACUCUCUGAGGCUUUGACAUACUUGCUUGAUAUCACUACUCCACCCUCCCAACAACUGCUAAAAAAACUCUCCCAGCUGGCAACAGCAGAAGGAGAAAAACAGAGACUGGAAGUUUUAUGUCAGAGCACAGAAGAGUACAAUAAAUGGAAGUUUUACAACAGCCCAAAUAUCCUGGAGGUCCUGGAGGAGUUUCCUUCUGCUGAGGUCUCCACAGCUUUCUUACUGACUCAGCUACCAUUUCUAAAGCCCAGGUACUAUUCUGUCAGUUCCUCCUGUGACAUGACACCCAGGGAGAUUCAUCUGACAGUUGCAGUUGUAAACUACAGGACUAGAGAUGGAGAAGGGCCUCUGCACCAUGGAGUCUGCAGCACAUGGCUGAAUACAGUAGCUAUCAAUGAAACAGUUCCAUGCUUUAUACGGAGUGCUGAGGGAUUCCAGCUCCCAGAGGAGCCAGCCAAGCCCUGCAUUCUGAUCGGCCCAGGAACAGGAAUUGCUCCCUUCAGAAGUUUCUGGCAGCAACGUCUCUAUGACUUGGAAAAGAAAGGGAUCAAGGGUGGUGACAUGAUACUGUUGUUCGGCUGCCGGCAGCCAGACAUGGAUCACAUCUACAAAGAAGAAACUGAGGAAAUGAGGAGGAAAGGAGUCCUGAAAGAAGUCUAUACAGCUUACUCCAGACAACCUGGCCAAGCCAAAGUCUACGUUCAAGACAUUCUUCAGAGCAAGUUGGAGACCAAAGUGUGCAACAUUUUGAACAAGGAGGAAGGGCACCUCUACAUCUGUGGAGAUGUGCGCAUGGCCAGGGACGUCGCUCAGACUUUGAAAGGGAUUCUUGCAAAAAAACUGAACCUCAGUGAACAGCAGACAGAGGAGUAUUUCUUCCAGCUAAAGAGCCAAAGGCGAUACCAUGAAGAUAUAUUUGGGGCUGUAUUCCCACAUGAAGUCAAAAGACAUGUAAGAGCUUUGCAGCCCAGCAGUUCAAGGACAAAUCAACUUAGAUUUUAGCCAGUACUUGCACAUGUAUUGUUAUAUUAAAAAUC